CAAGCGCGCCGCAAGAGAGAGAAAGAGAAGGAGUUGCUUUCUUCUUCUCCGGCCUUUUCUUUUGGAGCACUGCUUGUUCUUCGAAAAACAGGGGAGAGGGAGAAAAACUAAGCUAAAAAGAAAGAAAAAUUAAGGAGUGGAGGGGAGGGGAGACAGAAGUAUUUGGAUAAAAAAUUCGGGACGAGUGCAUUAUCGGGCCAAAAUAAUCGAUUUCCUUCUCUGGAGCUCCACCCGAAUUCCCAUAAUUCAGAUCAGAGGCGACGGAAUUCUGCUGAUUUGGGGUCGGCGAAGUAGGAUUUUGCUUGGAAUUAAGCGGAAUUCGGUUCUGGAAGCUGGCCAGUUGGUUUGGCAGAAUUAUUAUCUUAGCGUCCGGCGAGCAUCCUAGAAAGAAAGCUGAAUUUGGUGCGAAUGCGGCUCCCUAUUUCCGGCCGUAACCGAGAUUCCGGUGAAAGCAGAUCUGAGAAAUUGGGGACGAGAUUCUUCAUCUUUCAAAUUCUCUGCCCAGCCAAUUAAGCUCGAGGGGCUCGUAGUUUGAGGUAUGGAUCAGUGAAUUUCGGGCAGGGUAAAUUCGGAAAGUAGAGAGAAGAAGUUCCAGGAAAAAAAAAAAAAAAAAAAGAGUUGGUCCAUCCCAGUUGUGAAAUGGAGCUUCCUCAGCGUCCUAGUUUCGGUGGUGAAGGAGGAAGGAAACCAACACACGACUUUCUCUCGCUCUACACUAGUCAUUCAACGACUAGCCUACAAGAUGUCAGCCCCAGGCCACCUUCUUCUCAUCAAGCCCAAGGUGGCUACCUCAAGACUCACGAUUUUCUUCAACCGCUAGAACGGGGAGGCGGUCCACCUUGCGCCGCUGUAGCCAAGGAAGAAGGCGAGGGCGAGGAAGCAACCCCUGCAACUUCCGUGGAACAUACACUUCCUGGAGGUAUUGGGACGUACACUAUCAACCAUGUUUCACAUUUCAACAAUCCUCAAACCACUACCACUGUUGUCGACACAAACGAUGAGACUUCCAAUUCUACUUGUUACACCGGAACCGGAAGUGGGUUCACCCUUUGGGAUGAAACUGCACUCAACAAGGGAAAGACAGGGAAGGAGAAUAAGAAUAUUAUGACCCACACCUCCAACGCCCUCCUAAUAGGUAAACAAACAGAAGCGAGGCCUUCAACCAACUACCACAGCAACCAUUUCAGCUCUCUUUCUCCUCCUCAGGCAGCAGGGCACAAGAGAAAGAGCUUUAUGGAAAUGAUGAAGUCAACAAAGGUUGAUGAAGAUUUGGACGAUGAGGAGGAUUUCAUUCUUAAGAAAGAAAGCCCAGGCAAAGUGCCAGCGGAGGACUUGAAUGUAAGAGUUGAUGGCAAGAGCUGUGACCAGAAAGCUAACACUCCACGGUCAAAACAUUCCGCCACCGAGCAACGUAGGAGGAGCAAGAUAAAUGACAGAUUUCAUAUGUUGAGAGAAAUCAUACCCCAUAGUGAUCAGAAGAGAGACAAGGCAUCAUUCCUGUUAGAGGUGAUUGAGUACAUUCAGUUUCUACACGACAAGGUUCAUAAAUAUGAACAAGGCUCAUACCAGGGAUGGAGCCUUGAAGCUGCAAAAUUGGUGCAAUGGAGAAGCAACAAUAGGACUGCAGAAAGUUACGUCGACCAGUCAAGAGUUACGAAUGAGGAUGCUAAUUCAUCCGGGUUACAAUAUGCCCCAAAGUUGGAUGACAAGAAUGCGUCAAUCUCUGCCACCAUCCCCGGCCUUGGCGCGCAGAAACCAGCCGACUCUGAUACAAGCUCCGCUACUACUCCCAAAGCAAUGAAUCAUCAUCAUCACCAUCAUUCUGGAAUACCAAAUAAAGCAAUGCCGUUUCCAAUGUCACUGCAGACCAACCCAUUAAAUCCGGUGAGAGCUUGCAGUGGUACCUCGGCUCAACCUUCCCUUCAGGUUAAAACGAACAUCGACAGCGUUACAACUCAACCACAAUCCCAACCAGGCCAUUUCAGACCUAAUGGGUUUGUCCACGCUGGCGACCACCUCAAGGACCAAGACCUGAAUGUUGAAGGUGGUACGAUCAGUAUCUCAAGUGCAUACUCUCGCGGGCUACUGAGCAAUCUCACAGAAGCACUACGGAGUUCAGGAGUGGACUUGUCACAGGCCAGCAUCUCUGUACAGAUUGAGGUUGGAAAGGGAUCCAAUAUGGCUUCGUCGUCCAUUGCCAAGGUAGGUGCAAAUCAACAAUUUCCCGCGCUGUCUUCUCAUUGUCGUCGGUCGAUUUCUGUGGGUAUUAACCAGAUUUAUGCCUUCAUAUGAUCUCAAUAGGAUAAUGAAAGUGAAGUACUGUUUAGCAAUCAAGGGAAAACGAGUCAAGUUCUCAAGAAGCCGAAGACUAAAAGCUAAACUCAACCAAAUUCUUCCUUUUUUGCUUCUCGUUUGAUCUUACCUUUUUUUUUUUCUUUUUUCUUUUUACUUAACGAAUUAAUUCAUUUUUACGGAGGGUGAGGUUUAUUCAUGUCUUUCUCCUUGUUAUAGUCAAAUGAACUUACCUGGCCAAUUAAAGAUAGAGAAACCAAAAUGAUGACGAUGAUGAUUGUACAUGUAAUUGCUUUCAAUUUUCAGGUGACCAAGAUAGGUCCCUCCUGACAACUUAAAUGUGCAUUAUUAUUAUUAUUAU